CAGACAUCCCCCACAUGGCUAACAACAACUUCAGUUAUGGUUGAAUUUGCCCAACGCAGUAUGCGCGUCAUUUGCGCUGCAUGCGGCCCACGAGGUUCCAAGCUAUCCAAUUGGUCGCCCGAUCGCCUGGACGCAAUAUUUGAGGCACUCUUUCGUCGCUUCGACCAUGAAGUGGCAGAAUGCACGAUGUAUGUGCUGUUUCCGCAGAGCGUUCCAUUCAUCCAACUUCCCUUCGACUCGCUCACCACGUUACACGGCAUCCUCGCAGCUCAACCCAGCGUCACGAACUGCGUCGGACGUGUGAUUCUUUGGAGGUCGGACGUGGUUUACUCUGAACUGGACAUGCCUCAAACCAGCCUUGUGUUUGAAUGGUUCUCUUUCGUCGGCCAUGGUCCUUCGUACGAAACCAUCUACAUUGACGGCGACAGAUUUCAACUGCUCGUUGUUCCGGGCGCGCGUCGCGACUCCUUGAGCGUGUGGUCCAUUUGCAUGCUCUCUCGUUGCGUGGAUGAUGCGGUCACUGCACCUGACCAAGCCCAUUCCUAUGUGUUGGAUGCAAUUCAGGCGGCCCUUCCACUGCCACAUGCAACCAUUACAGGCCACGUCAGUGUGGUGGCGUACGACAUCGUUGGGAGAUCAGUCCUAUCUUCCGUCGAGAGUCUCUCAGAAGGGCCGGAGAGGCACCUCUUCUUUCAGCAUGUGGCUCGCUUGCGGGGUGAAUUCGCCUAUGCCCAGACAAUGCAUGACAUGCUGCGCGCGAAAGUCGUCGACCAGCCCCACGACCUGGUCCAACGAGUCGCCGACCCCCUGCACUUAAAUGACGACCACGAGCUGAAUACAGACGAAGGCGACGCAUGUCUGUUGUCGUCGCGGUGGAGUCAAUUCCGCCCCGAUCCCAUUUUGUGCCACCCCAUCACGCAGGCCACGGCCCGUGUCCAGCUCAACAACCGUGAAUUUUGGGUCAUUGGCCAUCGAUACGCCGCGUACGAGUUGUUUGCGUGCGUGGACGCCGCGGCGGCGCUGCCUUUGGCCAUCACGGAGCUCGUCCAAAUCGCAUGGGAUCAACUGGUGUCUGUGCAGCCCACGGCGAUUCGAGGUGGUAACGCUGGAUAA